AUGGCAUCUCUCAACCUCUCGGCCAAUGGGCCCUCCAUAUCCAAAAGCUACCAGGCCGUGGUGAACGGCCAACCCCCUGCCGGCAGUGCAGCGUCCCCGACUUAUGCCCAAUGGGCGGUCUUCUCGGUAUCGACUCCGCUAGUCAACACGUUCCAGCAAGAUGCAGGAAACAAGGAGAGUGUCCUCAAGGUCCAGACAACGGGCGAUGGCCAAUUGGCCGAUCUGAUUGAGGAGUUCUCGGAGGGGCGAACCCAAUUCGCCUACGUGAAGGUGACGGACCCGAACACUGGCCUGCCGAAGAAUGUGCUCAUUGCCUGGUGCGGAGAAGGUGUGCCCGAACGCACCAAGGGAUACUUCACCAGCCACCUGGCUGCCGUGUCCAAAUUCCUACAUGGUUAUCAUGUGCAAAUCACUGCCCGCGCAGACGGAGACUUGUCUCCGGAGGGCAUCGUUCAAAGAGUGGCAGACUCCUCUGGCUCCAAGUACUCCGGGGCGGAGCCUUCUGCCCCCGCCCCGGGACCCCGCCCUCCGGUUGCGAGCAAACCCGUAUUCACCCCGACCAGGACGGGCGGGCUCGCACCUCCGCCGGUAUCGGCUGCUCCUCAGCCUUAUACCGCUCGGAGAGGAGUGGAUGAUGAUGGCUGGGGACCGGAUGCGCCUCCGGUAACUCGUACCCAGCUCGAAAAGGUCCAAUCAGCGUACAAGCCGACGAAAGUAAAUCUGCAAGAGCUCAAAGCGGAAAACAACUCUCCGGCCUACCGACAACCGCCCACUGCGGCUGCUGAAGAACAUGGCGAUGUUGUCAGGGGCGGAUAUCAGCCCGUGGGCAAGGUGGACAUUGCCCAAAUCAGAAAGCAAGCUGUGCAAUCAGGCGACAUGGCAGAUGAUCGCCCCGCGCCCGUCAAAGGUGCAUAUGAACCUGUGGGCAAGGUCGACAUCGCGGCUAUUCGAGCUCGGGCACAGAAACCAGAAGAUGCGGGCGUUGCGAGCGGAGCACCGAGCAUUGGAAUGCGUGAUCAGCCCCCAACCACCACCACCUUGCCUGAACGUCCUGCGGUCUCCAAUCCAGCAGCGCGUCUGACGAGCCUGCCGAAGCCCAAAGUGGCGAACAAAUUCGGCGGGGGCCCGGCUUUUGCGGGGACCAAACCGCCUCUCCCGAGCGCGACAGGCCCGAAGCCGUCGAAUGUGCAGAUCGGGAGUGCCAGCCGGACGUUCGCCGAUGAGGGAGGAAAAACGCCUGCUCAAUUGUGGGCGGAACGGAAGGCUCGCGAACGCGGUGAAACCCCGUCGCCGACUGUCGCGGAGCCUGCCUCAAUCCCAAGCCAGAUCAGCGGCUCGGGUGCUAGCUGGAAGAGUUCCUACACCGGCAAAACAUGGGCCCCAGUGCAGAUUGCGUCUGCGACACCCGGGGGUCAGGCAGAUGUUGUGGCCAAUGAACCUUCUGAAGCAGAAGCCUCGGCGCCCAGUGUCCGUGAUAUUCAAAGCCAGUUUGCUCAUGGGAAGGUAGAGCAGCCUGAACCAAAACGUGCAAUCCCCAUUCCCGGACUUCCCACUGGUCCGACUGAGCCUGAGGUUGGACGUGAUGCUCAACAGCCCGUCCCGAGCCCGCCACCACAGCCACGUUCUCCCACACCCCCGACUCCACCCGUCCGGGAGGGUUCGCCUAUUCGUGUCGCCAUGCCUGUUGGCCGCGGCGACGUCGCGGAUGCUCAUGAGGAACAGCACUCUCCGCCUCCCGCCAUGCCAAUUGAAAGUCUUCAGGAGGCCGUCCCAGACGAGAGAGACCUUGAGGAGAGCUCCCACGACCUUGGCCGCGCGGCUGCAGAAACCACCGCUGCAGAAACCACCGCUGCCGAUAUGCAGCCACAGGGCGGGAUCCAGGCAAAGGUGCAGUACGAUUAUGAGAAAUCAGAGGACAACGAGAUUGACCUCCGGGAAGGAGAGUAUGUUACGGAUAUCGAAAUGGUGGACAAGGAUUGGUGGCUGGGCAUCAAUGAGCGUGGUGAGCGCGGACUCUUUCCCGGAAACUAUGUUGAAGUGGAAGACCACGUCGACAUGGCCGGCCAUGAAACCGCGCCUGAGCCAGUGUCGGAACCGGAGGUUGCUGCAGCUGCUGUCCCGGCGGCCAGUUCUCAGGGCCCUACCGCUACGGCGCUGUACGACUAUGAGGCCGCCGAGGAUAACGAGAUUAGCUUUCCCGAAGGAGCAAAGAUUGAGAAUGUGGAAUUCCCGGACGAUGACUGGUGGCUUGGGGUGUAUCAUGGGGCGCAGGGGCUGUUCCCUGCCAACUACGUGCAGCUGGAUCAGUGA